CUGAACAAACAUGGAAUGGCACUCCCUCUAUCAGAACUUGAUCAAAUUGCAAUUAUUACACUUUCAUCCCAUUUGUAUUUCUAUGAUAAACCCACACAAGAAGAUUGGCUUAACCCACUCAACAACAAAAUCAUCAACACCCUUAAACACUCCUUAAGCCAAGUCCUAGUCCCAUUUUAUCCAUUAGCUGGCCGGUUAAGCUGGAUACAUGGAGGACGGCUCAAGCUCGAGUGUAACGCCAUGGGUGCGGAGCUCAUCGAGGUUGAUUCCACCAUUAAAAUCACCGAUUUUGGUGAUUUUUACUCUUUUAGUGAGAACUUCCAACAUUUACUGCCUCGAAUCGAAUACUAUGAGAAACCAAUCCAAGACCUUCCUGUGCUCGCGGUGCAAGUCACUAGGUUCGCGUGUGGUGGCCUCAGUGUUGGGAUAUCUAUGUCUCACGUUGUUGUAGAUGGGAAGAGUGCCUUCCAUUUCACUGAAGAAUGGGCUAGGCUCGCUCGAGGCGAACCUCUAGAAUUCGUACCUUUCCUAGAUCGCCGAGUUCUACAAGCUGAAGAUCAUGUGAGUGGAUCCAGAAUGACAGAAAAUAUUGCUGCUGAAAACAUGGAUUUUUUCAGUCAACUUCGUUAUUUUGGUGAAGUGGAUAACUUGGAGUGGGGAAAGCAGGUCACUCCAACUUUCGUUUAUCUAACGAAAGAUAAAAUUGAACGGCUCAAAGAGGUUGCUAAUAUUACUAAGGAACUGAUGAAUGAUAAUGGGGUUCGUCCUUACAGUCGAUUUGAAGUUAUUACAGCUCAUAUAUGGAGAUGUGUAACUAAAGCAAGAGAACUCAAGAAUGAGGACAUCACUACCUUAAUAGCUUGCGUUGACGCACGAGGUCGUAUGGAGCCACCAUUGCCACCAAGGUACUUUGGCAAUGCUAUUAUUGAUAUUGAGAUAUCAAGUUGUGUAGGGGAGCUCAUCUCAAAACCUUUAAGCUAUGCUUGUAGUAAAAUAAGAGAAGCAACGACUAAGGUGAACAAAGAGUAUGUAUUGGAAACUAUUGAGUUCUAUAAAAAUCAAAAAAGUGUAAGCAAGUAUCAAUACAUUGAUGAUCGAGGAAAAAUACGUGGCCCUUCAUAUGGUGAACAAAAUGUACUUGUUAUGAGUUGGUUAAAUCUCAUGGGGCGUAGCAUUGAUUUUGGAUCGGGAAAGGAGAUUCACAUGGGUCCUCCUAUAUAGUCUGUGCUGGUGAUGGUGAUUUUAUGAUUACUCCCUAUAAAGAUGAUGGAUCUGUUGUUGUAGGAGUGUCGUUGCAAGCUAAGCAAAAAUUUCAAGAAUAUAUGAGUUACCCCAUUGAAUGAACCGUACCAUGUGUAUUUAAACAAAACUCGUUAUUUUACUUGCUCUAAAUAUAUUAUUAGAUUAUUUUACUUGCAUAUUAAUAUGGUGUGAUCAUUAGGUUUUUCUAUUGUUGUAUUCUAUUUUUUUAUAAUACCAAAUAUUUGGGUGUUUGUAUAGUUUUAUUUUGAAAAAAAUAAACCAAAAAUAUUAUUUUAUUAAUUUAUAUUUUAUCUUGUGAAUACAAUAUUAUUGAGCCUUAACAUUGUCAAAAUAUUAUAUACACACAUGAUUUUACAAUAUGGCACAUUUAAUAGAAAUCUAGUAACUUAAAAUCUUUUGAAUGAAAAGAUUCAUAAGUUAUUAGAUAUUUUUGUUGUUACCUUGCUAUGGAAUUGUAGGUUGAAUUUUUCGUGCCUACAGAGAAGGAGUAUGGGGCAUGAAUUUCUCAACCCACUCGAAGCACCACCAAGAAGCCAUCAUCGUUUGUUUGUUCCAAUUUCAUUCUCCACCAAAGACUUGCGAGGGAGAUUUUUCAAAUUUAGAUUUGCUCGAAUUGGGGGUUUUCUUAUUGUUUUUAUUCUUUGUUCAUGUAAGUGUUGAAAUUUGAAGAAUUAUGUCUAAGUUUUAGAAUUUUUCAAUUUUUCAUCUUAUCACUCGUAAAAUGUAAAAAUUCAAUAUGGAAAUUCUAUAAAUUUUUCUGUUUUAUUUUCUAUAAUGUUCUCUAUAUUAUUUUCUGUAAUUUUCUCUUUUUUACUUUUUGUAUUUUGUAUUUUUUUGUAAUUAGUAUUGUAAAAACACCACUUCCUAUUUUUUUCUCAUUGUAAAUUUAUGAUACUGGUUUGGAUCUAUUAUCAAUAUAAAUUUGUUUAAUUACCUUACUAGCAAAAAUGCAUGUUGUUGUUUAUAGCACAAUCUGAUUUCUGAAUUUCUGGAUCUAUUUUGUUGUUUACGCAAAAAUGCAAUAUUAGGUACCAAACUUCCAAUGUACGGCGCAAAUGGCACCGCAAAUGACUGUUGGAUGGUGUUGGCGAAAUAACAUGUGUGUCGGACGUGGAGUAAUAUCCGACGCAAAUAGCGCAAAAUGUGCGACGUGUCCUCAUCCAACGCAGAUUAUGUCUCCUAUAUUUGUGU